CCAACAUAUUACGAAUCAAGAACUCACUCUUUCUUGUCGGAAGAAACAACAAGAAGCAACAACAAAAAAAUACUCUACAGAUGGCGAUGAUGUCAGCAUCUUCGGUGUUUCUUUUACCGGCCAACGUCACGGCUGCCGCUGGCGCUUCGUCGUCCAGGAACUCCGUGUCUUUCUUACCGAUGAGAAACGCUGGUUCUAGGCUCGUUGUUAGAGCAGCCGAUGAGGCGGCUCCAGAAACACCUGCGCCUGAAGGUGCUCCGGCAGCUGUAGCGGCGCCGGCUGCAGCACCUGCCGCCAAACCCAAGCCUCCUCCUAUUGGCCCUAAGAGAGGGGCUAAGGUCAAGAUUCUAAGGAGAGAAUCCUACUGGUUCAAGAGCGUUGGAUCGGUUGUGGCCGUUGAUCAGGACCCAAAGACCCGGUACCCUGUUGUGGUCCGGUUUGCGAAAGUGAACUACGCGAACAUAUCGACCAACAACUAUGCAUUGGACGAGAUUGAAGAAGUGAAAGCUUAAAUGAGAGAGACCUAAAAAGAAGUGUUGUGUAAUUGGUGUAAUCUUCAUACCGGUCUUAUCUGUUUGUAACUUGACUAGAACCGUAUGUACCCAAAACAUUUACCAUUAUUUCUUCCAUCUCUAAAUUUUAUAUCCUCUCUAUUCUCUGGUCAUGGUUAACUCUUAACCAUACCGCUCUGAAAAACGUUUUCAAUUUAAAUUACCACAAAAGUGCAAAAAACGAUUUUGAAGUCAAAAUCUUUCCAGAACUUCAGCUCAACAACCGGUGGAAGAUUCAGUGUAAACCGGUUUCAAAUCAA